GCCAUAUCCACGAAAGUGUCUAAGGCCGAUGCUACUUAAGCACAAAAUCAUACAUAGCUUAUGGUCAACGAGUUAGGGCCGUCGUAACUUAUCGUGCUUAGACCAUUCUCUGUUGAUGUCGCUCGUCUCGCUAGAACGCACAGCGAGCAAAAUUUCGACAUGAAUCAUGUUAAAUAAAACAUAGUUAUACUUACAUUUUCUUUGUUUUUUAUUUUAAUAAUUUUACAAUACAAUUUUUGACCAAAUAACACGGAGUGAAUGACAGUAUUUCUUGGAAAAGAAAAAUAUUAAAAUACAUUCCCGUUGGAAACGAGAAUUUGUGUAAACAAACAGUCACCAGCUCAGUCACCAGCCUCACGUCCUAUACUGUACAACCUGCCUUCGGCGUUGUGUGUUCCAACUCUACCAGAUCUCCUCCUGUCCUACAAUACCAGUUGUCCAACGAUGGAAGCCACUCCACCCAGUAAACGGAAGAGGAAGGCAAACUGGGGGGAGAAAGAAACUUUCCGCCUGGCAGAACUGUACAUGGAUGAGGUACAAACCUUGAAGUCCAGCUUCAAGAUGCCGGGAGUUUCUAACAGGAAGAAACAUGAGAUAUGGGAACAAAUAGCCGAGGAGUUGAAUAACUCAUUCAACAACUACAGGACCUCGGCUGAAGUGAAGAAACGCUGGUUCUUCAUAAGUUCCCGGUCUCGGCAAAAAAUCCAGCGAUUCCGUGAGGAACGGAAUAGGACAGGUGGUGGUCCUCCUCCCCCUCCACUGGAUCCCAUUGACGAACUAAUUGAGGAUAUUCUGGGACCAGACAGCAAAACAAUAAUGGGUGAGCCUCAAGUCGAUGAUCUGAUGGAUGUCCUGCGUGCUGACAUAAAGGACGUGAGACCUGCUGCAGGAGGAGCAACAGCAGAUCCGUUGGUCGGUAUCAAUAGUUACGAAUCUGCAGAUGCACCAACUGUAAUAUAUGUUGAUGCAUCUGCAGAAGAAGCGCUUCCCCCUUCAUCCACCCCCUCAGAAGAUCCCACCACGGGACAAAUGGGAGCUGUAAAGGCAGUGGAGUCUGCUGCCCAGGAACACAAGGCAGCUGCUCAGGCAGUGGCAUCCGCUGCACGGGCCCAAGAGGCAGCUGCCCGAGCACAGAGAGUCCGCUGCGAGGGCCAAGGAGUCCGCUGCGAGGGCCAAGGAGUCCGCUGCGAGGGCCAAGGAGGCAGCUAUGCGGGCCAAGGAACAGGCUGCCAAGGAGAAAAUUGAGGCCAUGAGGCUUAAAGCUAGAUACUAUAAAUUUAAACUAGAAAAUAAUUAAACAUACAACCAAAUACUACUUCUGUUAUUUCUAACAUUAUUAAACUAUUAUAAGCUUAGUUCUCAUAUGUAUUGUAAUUUGUACUUAUACUGACACUGCUUUUUUUUGCAUAGUUUCUGACUAUACAAUUAGAAUUUUGACUGUGGAAAGAUAUACUAUGGUGAAGCUUUCUAGUCUCCUUUUUAGAAAACAAUCAUAAGAAGGUCAUCAGAAAUUGUGGUUAGGAGAUGAGAGACUAUGCUAAUGGGAAUUUAAAUUUAUCAUAAUGCAUUAAAAGGUAGGAAACAUUACCAAGGUAGGUACACGAGGCCCUGUUGGAGGACGUUCCAUCAGUCCUCAUUGCUGAGAAGAGAAAUGAUGACAUUAAGAGAAAUGUAUAAAAUCAAUGUGAAGCAAGUAUACUUAUUUAUCUAUUUUUAUCGAUCAUAUCUAUUUUUCCAUCUCUCACCUGUUCACCCAUCCGUCCCACUCCCCACUACCACCUUCAUCUCAUUAGUGAUCUUCCAAUAAGUAAUUAAUUAAAUUAGAACAUAAUACCAGUUUCUCUUGCAAAGAUUCAACUUACUUGAAAUGCAAGGUGCAGAAUGCAUCCCGAUAGGC